AUGUCGUUGAUAGAAUCCUUGGCCCAGAAAUGGCAGGAAAUAUGCCUUAAGUACCCUCCCGGGUGGAUUGAGGUCGUCGGGUCGGCCUGGGUCCAGAUCAUCGGCUUCAUCAUCCCUGGCCUGGCAUUCCUGCUGCUCGACCUCCUGAAACCUGCAGUCAUGAGCACCCGCAAGAUCCAGGCCCCCUCCAAGCAGCCCUCGAACCGCCAGAUGCUCAAAUGUCUCGGCCUCGUGUUCGGCAACCAGGCGUAUCUGAUCGUCUCGCACUUCUUGGCCCACUGGCUCAUCGGGUAUAAAUUCUCAAUCUUCCGCAUGGACCCCAAGCUGCCCAGCCUCCGCGAGGUCGCCGUGCACUGCGCCGUCGGCGUCGUCAUCCGCGAUGUGCUCUUCUACUACGUGCACCGCCUCAUGCACACCAAGACCAUGUACCAGAAGAUACACCGCGUGCACCACGAGUUCCGCGCGCCCAUGGCGCUGGCGGCGAUCUACUCGCACACCGUCGACCACGUGCUGACCAACGCCAUGCCGAUAUACGUCCCCAUGGCCCUGCAGCGAGCUCAUUUCUUGACCCUGGUGCUGUUCGCGGGCGUCGCAGUCUUCGAUGCCGCCGUGUCCCACAGCGGCUACUCCCUGCUCCGCCUCCCGAGCGUCGAGAGCCACGAUGUCCACCACGAGAAAGGCAAUGUCAAUUUUGGAGUGCUGGGGUUGAUGGACAGACUUCAUGGUACCCAUGCGUAG